AAACGUCGUGUGGCAGCUCAACGCAUAUUCAAAAAAUUGCGAACUGCAAACUGCAAGCUGCAAAUUGCAAAUUAAGAUCCGUACAUCGUUCGCGCAAAGUGCAAGACGCGCUGAAUUCGCAAGUUCACAUUAUAAUAUCCGCAUACGCAUCCGCAUUCGCAUCCGCAUCUGGAAACAGCUUGCUUCCACACCCAUUUUUGUUGUUCGAUUCGUUUCAUUUUUUUUCUGUUAAUGUUACUCGUUAUAUAUAAUAUAUGUAGUCUCCAUCCUUGUUGCAACCCACUCAGGCCUAGUCUUCUGAUUCAAUUGGAAUCAGAAUCGGAAUCGGGUAUCAGGAACUCUCAGGAUUAGCUCUAUGACAGUUAAGUAAUCAUUAGUGAAUACAACACAAUACAACAAUCAUCCAAGGAAUCAGCAAAUACUAUUCAGUAAAGUAACCGAAAAGAGAAGGGGAAAAGGAUCAAUAGGAGAGCCACAGCGCUUUCUCCCUCUUUCAUCGGUGGGUCAGGCCGCCAAAAAGCCGUCAAAAUACGAAAGAAGGUGACCUCGAAGAAGGCCAGCGUUGUGUCGGUUGACGACGAUCACAACAACAACAACAAUAACAACAACGACCACAACGCUCGGCAGCCCACAACAACCACAAGCACAAGCACAAGCACACCCACACCAACGGCAACACCAACACCCCCCACACCUGUCGAACUGCAGCCGGUACAAGAAGCAGCAUACCAAUACCAAUACCAAUACCAGAGUAAUCAGAACCUAAACCAGAGCCCCAAUCAGAAACCGCAAUCCAUCGAAAUGGACGACACACAGCACUUUUGCCUACGCUGGAACAACUACCAGAGCAGCAUAACCUCGGCCUUCGAGAAUCUGCGGGACGACGAGGCCUUCGUGGACGUAACCCUCGCCUGCGAGGGGCGCAGCAUCAAGGCCCACCGCGUCGUCCUCUCCGCCUGCAGUCCCUACUUCCGCGAGCUGCUCAAGAGCACACCCUGCAAACACCCGGUCAUACUGCUGCAGGAUGUGAACUUCAUGGACCUGCACUCGCUGGUGGAGUUCAUCUACCACGGCGAGGUCAACGUGCACCAGAAGUCCCUGCAGUCCUUCCUCAAGACCGCCGAAGUGCUGCGCGUCUCGGGACUCACGCAGCAACAGGCGGAGGACACACAUAGCCAUUUGGCUCAGAUACAGAACCUGGCCAAUUCCGGCGGCCGCACGCCGAUCAAUUCGCACGCCCACUCGCAUCCACAUCCGCACCAUGGUUCGCUGCAUGGCGACGACGGUGGCGGCUCCUCGACCCUGUUCAGCCGCCAGGGGGCGGGAUCACCACCCCCGCCAUCGGUGGUGCCCUCGCUGCCGCCGCACAUCAACAACCAGCUGCUCAAGCGGAUGGCCAUGAUGCACCGCAGCAGUGCCGCCGCCGUGGCCGCCGAGGAAACAUCGCAUGCUCUGAAGCGACUCCGGGGAUCGGACAAUGGAUUGCCCCUCUCCGGCGCCGUUGGCGGUGGUAGCAACAACAACAGCCCCGACUUGCCACCGCUCCAUGCACGCAGCACCUCGCCCCAGCAGACUCCGGCCGACUUUAGUACGAUCAAGCACCAUAACAACAACAAUACGCCGCCGCUCAAGGAGGAGAAGCGCAAUGGACCCACUGGCAACAACGGAAACUCUGGCAAUGGAAACGGCAACGGAGCGAGCAACGGCAACGGAAUCUCCAUCAGCGACAAGCUGGGCAGCCUCACACCCUCGCCGCUGGCUCGAGCGGGCGCCGAUGACGUCAAGUCGGAGCCCAUGGAGCUCGUUUGCUCCAACAACAAUGCCAAUGCGAACGAUGAGCACAGCAACGACUCCACCGGCGAGCACGAUGCCAAUCGCUCCAGUAGUGGCGACGGCGGCAAGGGAUCCCUGAGCUCUGGCAACGACGAGGAGAUCGGAGACGGACUCGCCUCACACCACGCCGCCCCGCAGUUCAUCAUGUCGCCGGCGGAGAACAAGAUGUUCCAUGCCGCCGCCUUCAACUUCCCCAUGAGCAAUCUCGAUCACUCAGCGUUGCUUGGUCUCAACACACAGUUGCAGCAGUCCGGUGACCUCGCCGUGUCCCCUCAAGGUGGCAGCACCGGCAGCCUACUCGGCGGCGUCAUAGUGCCCGGCGGUAGUGGUGGUGGCACCCCUAGUAAUAGUAGUAGCAACAACAACAACAACAACAGCAACAACCAACAACAAGUAGAACAACAGUCAUCACCACACCAACUCCUCCAACAACAACAUCAUUCCACACCACAUACCAACAGUCCACAACAACAGCAACUGAAGCAGGAACAACUACAACUCAAGUCAGGAGGAAGCAGCAAGUCGAGCGACCUGCACAUUGCAGCUGGCAGCGAACGUAGCCUAUCCCGAUCCUCGCAGGGAUUGGCCGAGGCAGGCGGUCACAGUGCCACGCCCUCGCCCUCGCCCACCGCCUACCACAAGCGGGAAAGGGAGCGUGAGAGGGAGCGAGAGAGGGAGCGAGAAAGGGAGCGAGAAAGGGAGCGUGAGCGUGAGCGGGAACGAGAACGAUCGAUGGAUCGCGAGCGUGACCUCGACCGUUCCACGGGCGGUACGGGCGGAGGAUCGCCACCGCCGCCACCGCCCUCGCAUCACUCGCACUUUGGCCAGCAUCCGCUGUCGCUGCUGCCCAGCCACCAUCAGCUGCAUGCCACCCACCACGAGCUGAGCGCCGCCGCCGCCGCUGCCGCCCACCAUGCCCACGCCCAUGCCCAUGCCGCCCAUGCGCAUGCAUUGGCCCGCGCCGGAUCGCCCCUGGAGCACCAUCACCUGUUGCACCAUCGACGCGCCUCGCUCUCACCCUCGGGAGCCGCCGGCGUUGGUGGAGGCGGCGGCGGCGGUGGCGGCGGCGGCGGAGGACGAGGUGGUGGCGGAGCGGGUGGACCCGGCGGACCGGGCAGCAGCCUCCUCUCAUCGGUACGCGCCCAGGAUGUGGCCCAGGCCAAUAGGCUGCUUCUGCCCCUGCCGUUGAAUGCCUGCCAUCGGUGCGACGUCUGCGGCAAGUUGCUGAGCACCAAGCUCACGCUUAAGCGCCACAAGGAACAGCAGCAUCUGCAGCCGCUGAACAACGCCGUAUGCAAUCUGUGCCACAAGGUCUUCCGCACUCUGAACUCGCUGAACAACCACAAGAGCAUCUACCAUCGCCGCCAGAAGAACCAUCAUUCGUACUUCCAUCACGGAGCCGGUGUGGGUCAGGCGGGCAGUCCGGGCAGUCGGCUCCAUCAGUCGCUGAGCUCGCUGAGUGCCGCAGCGGCGGCGGCCAAUAAUAGCGUUAAUGUGGGCGGCGGAGCGGUGGGCGGGGCCGGUGGCAAUGCCGUGGCCGCUGCAGCGGCAGCAGCAGCAGCUGCCGCCGAAUUGCUCCUCUCGCCAAUAGUUGGAGCCGCCGCGGUGGCCGGUGGGACGGCCAGCUCUACGCUCCAGCUGGCGGCGGCGCAUCAGCAGCAGCAGCAACAGUCAUCGCCGGGCAUUGUCAAGCCGUGCAUGGACUUCUUAUAAGAUCAGCAGCAACUCUUGCAGCAGCUCUUCCACGUGGCGCUCAACAACUCCGCGGCGGCAGCGGCGGCUGCAGCGGCAGCAGCUGCGGCGGGUGGCGGCGGCGGCGGCGGAGGAUCGGGUCCCGGAGCGGGAGCUGGGCAGGAAGCGAUGAACGGAGGCGGUGGAAUCGGAGUCGGAGUCGGAGGACAGGAGUACGGAGUCGGAGGAGUGCAGGGGCCAAGUGGCACGCCCACUGUCGAUCUCACACAGCUGGAGCAUUCAGGCGGAGGCGGAGGAUUCCAGCACCAUUUGCCACACCAUCUAACCCACCAGCAUCCGCUGUCCCACCAGCAUCCCCACCAGUUAGCGCACCCGCAUCCCCAUCCGCACCAGCAUCCAUAUGAACGCAUGAAUUUACUAGACCAAUAAGCCAGGCGCAGGAAAGUAUGCUACGAAAGAUGAUCGGGCAACACCAGACACACGAACACGCACACUCGCACACAGACACAAAUCAAGAAGAAGAAGGAGGAGGAUAAGGACAAGGAGGAGAAGAAGAGGAAUUACGAAGCAAAGCGGAGGAGAACCGACCGAACGACAAAGAGGAGCACGAUGAGAUUAGGGACUACUACUACUAUACCAUUUAAAUUUCGGAUCUCACAGAACGGAAAAUUCAAAGACUUUUUCGGCCAGAACAAAAACGGAAAUGAAAGAAACCUAAAAUACAAAGGCAAACAUCGAGACGAAGCAAUGAUAACGAUGAUAAAAUAAAAGAAAGUGAAAGCAAAAGGAGAGGAGAGGAAGACAAACAAAAAAAACAUUUUUAGGCAAAUGGAAAAACUGUGAUUAUUUACGACUUGAUUAUAAAGCAAGCAAAAACAAAGGUCUUUUACGAUAAAGCUAUAUAGCUCUUUAUACAUACAUGCAAACAAACAAACAAACACACACACACUCUCAAACACUCAAUGAGAUCGCGCUGGAAUCGGAGGACUCGGAAUCCUGGGCAGGACACGUAUACAUAUAAGCAUUUUUUUUGCCCAUCCCAAAUUGGGAUGCGAUUAGAGUUUGUCACGUUAAAAACUAGAUUAGGAGAAAGCGGAGCUCCAAAGCUUGGAGCACAGGAUAGAAGACUGUUAACCAUGCCACAUGCCACCCGCAUACCCACACACCCACAUACCUACUACCCACCAAUCCACCCACUACCACACAUGCCACGCCCCAUUGAACACGUACCCCUAAGUAUUACCCAUAAAAAACGCCAGAUGCCAACGCCAUCGAACUGAACAUCCGAACCGACCUGAACCCCCCAAUCGAUAAAGAUGUGGAUACGAAUGCAGCCGGGGAUCACAAUGAAUCUGCAUCGGAAUUACUGAAUCGAUGUGCUAUGCGUCAUGUCCAAUUAUCCCCAUCAUCUGUACAGCAUCUAACUAUUCUAUCUUCCUCACAUUUGCAUACUAUGAACACCAACCACACGCCCAUAAACCGAAAAAAAACAUACAACUAAUGCAUUUUUUUUGUUUUUUUAUUAUCAUUGUAAGAUAUCAGAGAUAUAUAUAUAUAAAAAAAAACAUAUGUGUACAUUUAGCAGCCACUAAAUAUUCAUCAAAUGAGUAGCAAGGUCAAUGUAAAAACCACAAGAAUGUAAACCUAGCCCUAAGUGAAUGUGUGUGUAAUACGAUUUUUUUUACUUAUCUACAAUUAAAAGCGUUGCUCUUAGGAAAAAAAACACACACGAGUAUACAUUUGUACAUGUAUUUGCAUAACUAUGAAUACGAAUAUGGAUAUAUAUAUAUAUAUAACUAAGACUAUGACUCAGCAUAACGCAUACACAGCAAAACCAUAAAUCAAUUUUGAGAUAAAAGUCAAAAGCGAGGUGAUCAAAGAUUGUAUAUAGGUGGAAAUAGCACUGAGGGGGUUUAUGAUUAUGAUGAUGGGAAGAGUUCAUGCGCGUUUCGAAGCUUGGAUAAAGAGAACGGGGAAACGGGGACCAGGACUGACUAGUUUUAAACUCAACCGAAGAAGAACGAUGAGCGAUCAUCGAUAAAAGUUAGCUGAUAGCUCAAAAAAAAAUGAAAAAUUCGACAAUGAACAAUGAAAUUGUUGGUCCCCAGUUGAUAUGUUGCCACUUACUAUACAUACAUAUGUAGUACUAUGCUUUCCAAUUGGCAGACUUCGCGACACUAAAUGCAUAAUCAAAAUUAGCGACCAGAUAUUUAUGGUAUAGAUUUACUUUGCUUUCAGCACACCUUACCUUAAUUUGAAGACUGAUUAUUCGAAGUAGAACUUUGGAAGGGGCGAGGACUAGAACUAGAACAACCCGUAGCAGAAGCAGUCAGGCAGAGGAACCGCAGAACGGCAGCGAACGACAUUAUUUUUAGGCGCGUGCAAUUUCAUCUUGGGUUUUUGGGUUGGGGUCCCCCGAUUGGGGAUAGCGUUAGGAAGGAUAGCUAGGAGGAGUGCAGUAGCCUUAGUUAAAAGUCACACCUAUAUGACCUAUUUAAUAUGUAUAUGUAGGAGAGAAAAGAGAGAUAGAAAGAGGGAGAAAGAGAGAGUGGAAAUGAAUAGUUUGAGCGCUGAAACGUUGUGUGCGAGUAUAGUCGAAUUUUAUUUUUUAUACAACCUAUUAUAUUUAACUCUUAGUGUAACUCACCCACGCAUAAUCUAGGCGCAUGGCGAAAUUUCUAUUUCCCCAAUGUAUGUAUUUUUUUUCUUGCUUCUUUUGGCAAACGAAAAGUCUGAAAAGUUGAUUAAGUUGAAUCACCCACGUUUUGAUACCAAAAUUCGAUUUACAUAGCUUAUGCACAUACGACUAUAAUAAGUUAUACCGUACGAGUACACCCUUAACUGUGUCUGUAUCUGUAUCUGUAUCUAUCUAUAAGGAGAACCCUCCGUUUGUUAUGCUGGAACCCAAGCGAUCAGAAAUCGCCAGCUGCAAUGCCAUAUAUGUAGAGCAUCCGAGUGCUGUCCCCAGCUCUCCGACCUCACCCCCAAAUGUCACCUCGUUUUUAUUAUAUUCAAUAAAUGUGGAAAUGUAAAUCCAGACUUAUUAUGUAUGAGUACUGAGAGUCACAUAACAGUUCGAAGAAGAUAAAAUGUCGCAGCUUUGCACUUUAAAUGUCGAUUAUUUAAAACAUGUACUACUUGCUAACAAACAAACUAACAAACUAACAACUAACAGACAUCGCAGAUAACAGUUCACAAGCCCCAGAGAGUGUAUGAGAAGGUACAUCAUGUGAGUACAGAGCCCAGAGCCCAUAAACUCAACUAACUAAACUGAGGACCUAACCAACUAACUAAACUAAAUAGCAUAUUGAUACUCGAAAUAGCAGCAGUAAGACCUCGAUAAGCGGGGAGUCCUAACAGAAUACCGAAAUACGAAAAUACCGAAAUCCAAAAACCCAAAACCGAACUCAGAAUACCGAUUAAACAAUACCGAAUAAUCAAUAGUAGGUUCGCCUGUUUAACGUGUGUACUAUGACUACUUUUUUUUCCUAUUCGUAUAGAUGUUCACCCCCUAGCCCCUAGUCCAUAGCCCCUCCCCUUAACCGCAAAUCGCAAACUUUCCUAAUCCCUUUCCAGUUAAGUGAAUGUAUGCAUACUGAACCGUAUUAUCCAAUGAACCAUUAGCUCCAAGCCACAUAAAGCUUACAAUUACAAUUACAUUAACAACUACAAUUACAAUUACAAUUACAAUACGCGAUAUUUAAAGAAAAUAAACUAAACUACAGUAACAGUAACAGUGCAGUAACUACAUGGCUAUACGUACAUAAGUAAAAUAGCAAAUCCGAGGUAGCAAGAAAGAGAAAAGGGCGGCUUACCCCCAAAACAUUCAAUCGAAUAUGCAUAGAAAUAGAACCCAGACGGUGUUGGGUGAAGAAAGGAUGCGAAGGGAAGUGAUUGGGAUCACCCAAAUGAUCCUCAUUCCAUUCCAUUCAGCUUCUUUCUGCGCUCAGAAUCAGAAAGACAAGCCAAUACAAUAAAAAAAAAUAUCUCAUAUAGUUGCAAACACUCGUACACAAACGCUUGCAUACUUAUAACAGUAGAAAUAUAACCCAUACCAAUAUCCGUAACCACCACACCCACACCUCAAUAGAACUCGAAAUCGAAGCUGAUCGGAGAUCAAGCUAAUCCAAUCCAGUCCAAUCAAAAAAAA